GUCUAAUUAAAACAAAGCAUUACGAUGACCCCCAAGAGUAUUGACGCAAUGCGAUUUUUGCCCAGUGCUCUGAAUGUCAACGUGAAGAAAUUCAAAAAGGCGCGGGUAAACGGCGGGAGUGACUAUGCCGCUCUUAAGGAACCACAUGCCGUUGGAAAUAGAAAUAAAGGGAUCAGAUGUACAAAGAGAUGAGGAAAGAAAAGGAGAAGAGAAGGAGAGAAGGGAAUGGACAGAAGAAAGUGCGGGAAGAUAUUUAGAGGAGUGCAAAGACUGGGCAAGCGGGGGAAGAACAGUAGAGGAAAUGUGGGCAGAAAUUAAGAAGAAGAUAAACGAGGCAAUACCAAAGAAAAGAGUAAGGAUAAGGAAAUGGAGCAUAGGAGAAAAGGUAUGGCACGAUAAGGAGUUGAAAGAAAGGAAAAGGGAGAUAAGAAGGAAAAUGACAAAAUUUAGGAAAGGAAAAUGCAGCAGAGAAGAAUUCAUAGAGGAGAAGAAGGCAUUAAAACAGUGGUGUAAACGAAGGAAGGAGAAGCAGGAAGAGGAAGAGAUGGAGAAAAUCAACAAGCUCAAAACAGAGCAAGAAGCAUGGAAAUACAUAAACAAAUAUAGGAGAAGAAGAGAGGUUGUAGGCGAGGAGAUAAGGGAAGAGGAGUGGAAAAAUCAUUUUAUCGAAACGUUAGAGGGGACAGAAAAUAAAGAGGACAGAAGAACAGAAGGGAGGAGAGAGGAGGAGGAAUCAAAGGAGGAGAGAGAAGACAACAUAGAGAAGGAAGAGAUAGUGCUCCAAAUAAGAAAAUUGAAAGAGAAAAAAGCAACGAGGGAAGAUGGCUUGGAAAACGAGGUAUGGAAGUAUGCGCCGAAGGAAGUGGGGGAGGCGUUAUGGGUGAUGUUAGGAAAAAUUUGGAAUGGAAAAAGGAUACCUGAAGACUGGAGAAAAGGCGUGAUAUGUCUGAUUUACAAGAGGAGGAACAAGGGGGCAGUGAAGAGCUACAGAGGGGUCACGCUAAUGGAUACGGCAUAUAAGAUCUAUGCAGGAAUUCUAGGCGAGCGGCUGAAGGUGGAAAUCGAGGACAAGCUGAUAAACAAUUGA